AUGGCAAAAAAUGCGUUACCCCCGGGUCCUAUUGGACUACCAUUUAUCGGUUAUAUGCCAUUCCUUAAGGGCGAGCCCUCCAGAGUGUUCGUACAAUUGGCCAAAAAAUACGGACCAGUUUUUGGUUUGCAAAUGGGUUCGCAACCAGUGGUGGUUCUCAACGACUGGCCGUCAAUAAAAGCGGCACUUUCUCACAAUUCGGCUCUACAUCGGCCUAAACACAACUUCUUUAACACUGCAUUUCCUGCGGGUACAUCGAUGGAGGACCACAUCAUCGAUGAGAUCAAUCAUAUGUGUCAAGUGUUGGACGCGAAAGAUGGACAGGAAAUUGAGUUCAGGACUAUAUUCCCGAUUAGUGUCUCAAAUAAUGUAAAUUCCCUUAAUUUCGGGCGACGUUUUGAUUAUACGGACAGUAAAAAGAAAGCGAUCGAUGAGUUCCUGAAAAUGGACCCGAGUAUUAACAUAACCGGGUUCAUUGCCUUUUAUCCCAUUUUAGCACGAUUUCUAUUGAAAUAUCUAACAUUUCUAUUGCCCUCAUCUCUACAAAACACUACUAAUAUUGUUAAGGGAGUGACAGAUAUUAUC